AUGGCACAUAAAAGUCCUCGAUAUUGUUUAUAUCGAGAAUUUGUUGAUGCUUUCAUGAAAGGUCACCCUGAAAUGACUCGAUGUACAUCACAUCAUACCGGUGCAACUACAACAACUAAUACUACUACUACUACUACUGCUGCUGCUGCUACAGCAAAAAAAUCUGGUCAAACAAAUGGUAAAAAAGGGCCAACAAAGAAAAGUACUCGUAAACGAACACAUUCAACUGAAGAUGAAGAUCCAAAUUAUGAUCCAAAUGUUGUUGAAUCUGAAACUCCAACAUUUACAAAACGUGCUAAUAAACAACCAACGGAAGAAAUGGAUGAUGAAACUUUAGCUAAAGAAAAACCAUGGAUUGCUCGUUCGAAUGCUAAAGCUGCUAAAAAGAAAGCUCAAGCUAAAGCUCAAGCUGAAAAAGAAGAAAGUGAAAAAAUUAAAACACCAGCACAAGAAUCUGUAUUAAAAGAUUUAAAAGAAAUAUCUGAACGUAUUGCUAAUUUAAUUCAAGUUAAAAAUUUAAAACGUCUUCAAUCGAAACAACGUGCAUCAACACGCUAUCGUGAAAGAAAAAAACGUCGUGUUGAACAAUUAUGUGCUUCUAAUCCUGAAGUAGCUGCUGAACUUUCAAAAAUAUUUCGACCAACAACAAUGAGAAUGCAAAUUGAAGAAGAUUGUCCGGAUCUUUUACAAAUUAUUGCAGAAAUUGCACGUGUUGGAGGAGCAUCUGAUAAUAAAGGCAAAGCAUGUGUAUCAUUAGAUGAUCUUAAAGAUAAAAUAAAAGAACGAGGAUAUGAAAUUCGAAAAUCUUCACUUUAUUAUCGUCUUAUGCCUAAUCGUGCAUUAUCACAUGAUGGUAAAAAACAUGUUGUUACUGUUCCUAUUCGUCUUCGUAAAUUACAAGGAAUUGCAUUACCACCACCCCAUGAAGAUUGUCAUUUUACUGCUGCUGCAUUAAGACAUAUCAAAGAUUUAGCAGGUAUUUUUGGUAAUGAUUGUGUUUUUUAUUUAACACAAGAUACUAAAUCCAAGGUUAGUAUUGGUCGACCUUCAGCUAAAGGUCAAGCACUACUUAUUAUGCAUAUGGAUUAUGAAAUAAGUUCAGCUGAACCACAAGCAACAUCAACUAUGACAAAUCAUCAACUUAAACCAUGUGUUUAUGCUGCAUCACUUAUUGAUGAAGCAGGUUUAAUUAGUUGUGUUGGUCCAACAUAUGUUUCUAUUCGAUCAGCUAAACAUGAUCGUAUAACACAUGAAACUCAUGCAAUUGAUUUUGAUCGUUUAGUACAAAUGAAAGAAUUUGAAAAAUUUGCACGCGAUCAUCUCGGUCGUGUUAAACCCAUUGUUGUUAUUAAUGUGGAUAAUUGUGGUUCAGAAAAUAAUACACGUUAUCCAAAAGUACUUUCAACAGCAAUUGAUAAAUUUAAAAAACAUAAUUUAGAUGCACUUAUUAUGACAACACAAGCACCAGGUCAAGCUUUAUUUAAUGUUGUUGAACGACGUUUAUCACCAAUGUCACAUGAUUUAGCUGGUCUUAUUUUUCCACAUGAUCAUUUUGGUACACAUUUAAAUGAUACAGGUGUAACUGAACAUGCUGAAUUAGAAAAAACAAAUUUUAAAAUGGCUGGUGAUGUUUUAGCUGAAGUUUGGAGUAUGAAUGUACUUGAUGAACAUCCUGUUGUUGCUGAAUAUAUUAAUCCAUCACCAUUAGUUGAUGAACAACUUAAAAUGGCUGAUAGUACAUUAACUUUAGAUAGCAUCAUUGAUCGAGUUUGUGCUGAAGAAGAUGAAGAAGCACCACUUGAUCAACGUGUUAGUCAAACACGUCCAACUACAACCAUUCCAACAACAGAAAUCAAGACCGAAUACGAUAUUGAUGAAUAUUGGUGUGCAACUCAUGUUCUUCAAACUCAAUAUACAAUACAAAUUAUUCGUUGUAAUAAUCCAUCAUGUUGUACACCAUGGCGUUCAAACUAUAUUCAGGUAUUUCCUCAUCGUUUUCUUCCACCACCUGUACCAUUUAAUCGUUCAUCACGUGGUGUUAAAAUGGUGAAAUUGAAUUUAAUGCUGC